GUGAAAGUUCACCAAACUAGGAAGUGUCCAACGGUUGGCUGUCGGCUCUGUGAAGUGUGUGCCCUGAUUGUCGAAGUUGUGUGCUCAUCUUUUGAAUUUGAUCAAUGCAAAUAGCUAACAAUAUUUAGCUAUAAACAAUAAGCUAGCAGGUGGCGAAUAAGCUCCAUCCUUUCAGCCAGCAAGCUGGCAUGAUGACCACUAUCGUCCAUGAUACCUCAGAGGCUGUGUGUCUAUGCGAGGAGUACAGCCUGUACCUUAAGCCCAUUGCCAAGAUGACUGUCAGCGUGGCCUUACCUCAGCUCAAGUUGCCUGGAAAGAGCAUCUCCAACUGGGAGGUCAUGGAGAGAGUCAAAGCGAUGGUGGCUCCAGAGCAGUUCUCAGCUCUGCGGAUUUCCAAAAGCACCAUGGACUUCAUCCGCUUUGAUGGAGAGGUGGAGAACAAGGGCGUGGUCAAGAGCCUGCUGGGACGCCUGGAUGGAAAGACUAUCAAACUCAGCGGCUUCACAGACAUAUUGAAGGUGCGCGCCUUGGAAAACAAGAUGGACUUCCCCACCCGUCACGACUGGGACUCGUUCUUCCGUGACGCAAAGGACAUGAACGAGAGAAUGCCCGGGGAGAGGCCUGACACCAUCCACCUGGAGGGCCUCCCCUGCCGCUGGUUCAUCCAGAAGGACGGCCUCCCCGACCGGCCCGUCGAGGCCGUGUUGCAGGCCGUCUUUGAGUGCUUCGGACCCAUCCGAAACGUAGACAUCCCCAUGCUGGACCCCUACCGGGAGGAAAUGCUGGAUAAGAACUUCAACACCUUCUCUUUCGGGGGCCACCUGAACUUCGAAGCCUUCGUCCAGUACCAGGAGUACUGUGGCUUUGCCAAAGCCAUGGACACGCUGCGCGGGAUGAAGCUCAUGUUCAAGGGAGAGGAUGGCAAAGCUGUGGCCUGCAACAUUAAAGUGACCUUUGACACCAGCAAGCACCUGAGCGAGACGUCCCUGAAGAGGAGGCAGCAGGAGAGGAUGAAGCUGCAGGAGCUGGAGAGACAGAGGGAGGAGCAGAAGCGACGGGAGAAGGAGGAGGAGGAGAAACGCAAGGAGGACGAGAGGAGGCAGAAGGAGCAGGAGGAGGAGGAGAAGGAGAGGAAGCGGGAGGAGCGCCUGCGCAAGCGCGAGCAGAAGCUGCGGGAGCGGGAGGACAAGCGGAGCCAGAAGAAGGCCAAGAAGCUCCAGGAGGAGGAGCAGAGGCGGCUGCAGAUGAAGAUCGCCAUGGAGGAGCGGAGGCUGCUGCUGGCCCAGCGCAACCUGGAGUCCAUCCGCCUCAUUGCCGAGCUCCUGGGGCGCGCCAAGGCCCUCAAGCAGCAGGAGCAGGAGAAGGAGAGGGCGGAGCGAGAGCAGAGGGAGCGGGCGGAGCAGAGGCGGCAGAGGGAGGAGCUGGCCCGGCUGCAGCAGCUGGAGGCCUGCCGGCGCAAGCAGGAGGAGGAGCUGCGGCGGGUGGAGGCGGAGAAGGGGCGAGCCCUGGAGCUGCAGCGCAAGGAGAAGGAGCUGAGGGGCCGCCUGCUCGGGAACCUGCUGAAGAAGAACGCCGGGGAGGACGCCCAGACUCCCGGGGACCCCCGGGGCCUGGCGCUGCCCACGGAGCAGGCCUCGCUCCUCGGGCCCCUCGGCCAGGACGGUGGGCCCCAGCCGCCGGUGAAUGGAGGCAGGGCCGCGGCGGAGCGCAGGGAAAGACCGAAAGCCCCGAAGCGCUCCAAGGUCUCCGGGCGAGCGGGGAAGGAGGGUAGAGGGGCAGAUCGGAGAGCGGGAGGGGACGAGAGGAGCGGACGGGAGAGCCGGCGAGGGGGGGACGAGAACCGGAGAGGCCCCGGCAGACAGAGCAGGGAAAGGGACGGGGCGGAGGCACACGGCCGGCCGGCCAGGGGAAGGGGGGACGGCCGUAGGCGGAGCCCCAGCCGCGAGCGCAGUUCCAGCCGCCAUAGGCGGAGCCCCGGCCGGGGGCGGAGUCACGGGCGGCACCGGAGCUGCCGGAGCUCCAGUCGCGACAGGCGGAGCAGCAGCAGCAGCAGGAGGAGGAGCCACAGCCGAGGGGGGAGGAGCCACAGCCGAGGGGGGAGGAGCCACAGUCGAGGGGGGAGGAGCCACAGCUCUCGGAGCAGCAGGUCUCGGAGCAGAGACAGGCGCAGCCGUAGCCGCGGCAACAGGAGAGGGCACAGGCACCGCAGUCGGAGUUACAGCCGAGACAGGAGCCGCUCAAGGCGCCACUAGCUGAACCCGUCUGGAUGAGAGGCCUGGCCCGCCUUACCAUGGAAACAGCAGCCUGCACACACCGACCACAGGAGAACCAUCGCUUCAACAUAAACCCUGCGCAGAGUAGCGGUCAGCCAGGCCAGAGAUGUGCUGAUUUAGGAUCUCGUUUGUCGAGAGGAGCUCUCCACUCUCGGAAGGCUCGCUGCUAUCAAGCUCCUGACGGUUGUUUCCAUCACCGUGUCCUCUGCCUAUAGAAUGUGAAGGUCAUAGACUGCUGUUCCAGAAACCCAGAAGACUGUUCUGGGAAAACGGUUUGUGUGUCCGACUGCACCAUGGGAGACAACAGCAGAAUAACGCUGUUUGACUGUGUUCGGUAUCAAUGCUGUCCACAGGGAAUGCUGGGAGUUGGAGUUUGGCACCACACAAGCGGCACGCCAACAGCGAAGGUUCAAGUUAUUUCCCCAUGUCAAUUCCCAAAGAACGGAUUGAAACAUCAUGCUUACCCCACGUCUGCCCAGACACAGCAGUCUGGGCUCUGACCCAUUUAAAAUAAAAGCUUGCUGAGAUCAGCGUGUACAGUCCAGUAUUAGACACUUUAGGUUAGAAAAAUUGAGAGUUUCUGAGUAAUAAGCCACAAUCAGUCCCUAAUUGUCCUUGACCUUGAACAUAGUGGUGCCUCCAUCCAUGGCACCUUAUGGCGCACCAUACCACAUCUCAGCUUCCCCUUUGCUCUCGUCUGACCUACCAUGGGACAGGGUGACCAUUGAGAUGUAUUGAGAUGUUCAGCCUUUUGCCUGUGUUAAAGAUGGGGGGUUUGCUUCAGUUAGGUUGCCUUGCUUCAGUUAGGUUGCCUUGCUUCAGUUAGGUUGCCUUGCUUCAGUUAGGUUGCCUUGCUUCAGUUAGGUUGCCUUGCUUCAGUUAGGUUGCCUUGCUUCAGUUAGGUUGCCUUGCUUCAGUUAGGUUGCCUUGCUUCAGUUAGGUUGCCUUGCUUCAGUUAGGUUGCCUUGCUUCAGUUAGGUUGCCUUGCUUCAGUUAGGUUGCCUUGCUUCAGUUAGGUUGCCUUGCUUCAGUUAGGUUGCCUUGUUUCAGUUAGGUUGCCUUGCUUCAGUUAGGUUGCCUUGCUUCAGUUAGGUUGCCUUGCUUCAGUUAGGUUGCCUUGCUUCAGUUAGGUUGCCUUGCUUCAGUUAGGUUGCCUUGCUUCAGUUAGGUUGCCUUGCUUCAGUUAGGUUGCCUUGCUUCAGUUAGGUUGCCUUGCUUCAGUUAGGUUGCCUUGCUUCAGUUAGGUUGCCUUGCUUCAGUUAGGUUGCCUUGCUUCAGUUAGGUUGCCUUGCUUCAGUUAGGUUGCCUUAUCAAUGAAGACCUGUACAGAGAUGUUGUCUUCUUUUCUUUUCUUUUUUUUCUUCAUCCACAGUUUAAGACUUGAGAUGUGAGGGUGUCUUCAGUACAGUCUCUUCUGAAAGCUGCUGUUUUGACUUUGACGGUCUGCGAAUCAGCCUGUCGAUCCGUUUGAGUCGGUGUGUGUUUGUGAACCUGUGACCUGGCCAUUUUGACUCCUGCAUGUCAUGCAUACACGCCGGAGACGGGACUUCAUAUGUUUGAAUAAAGGAAGAAAAACGUU